AUGGCCAAAGACUACAUGUACUCCAUUCCAUGCAGCUAUGGAGAAAUUUGUGAAGGUUAUGGUGAUGAUAUUGUAGGUAAAUCAACUGUUCGAAGGUGGUUUGCAAAAUUUAAAGCUGGAGAGUUUAGUUUGGAAGAUGAUAGUUGCAGUGGAAGACCUUCAACAUUGGAUGAAGAUGCUUUGAAGGCAAAAACCGAAGAAAACUCAAAUAUCAGGGCUAGAGAACUUACAGAGGAGCUUGAAGUUUCUAAAAGUACAGCUUAUGAACACCUAGUGAAGCUAGGAUACAUUUCUCGCUAUAAUGUAUAG